AUGGUUAAAAAUGUCUUUUAUCUAAUUUUUAUAUUUUCAUUUUUUCUGCUAAUAAUUAAAUGUAAAUAUAUAACGAAUGAAAAAAAAGAAAGAAAAUUCGAAGAAGACAAUAUAAGUUAUCAUCAAAGAAAUUUAAGCAAGCACAUUAAAAAGGAAAUAAAAUUAACAGAUGCUAAUAAUGAAAAUGAAAGCAGGAAAAAAGAUAAAGAUGUAAAAAUUAGUGAUAUUAAUGAAGAAAAUAAAAAUGAAAAAGACAGAAAUAAAAGUAAAUUAGAUAUUAAAAAGAUAAAUGAAAAUUAUGUAAACGUAAAUGCAAGUUAUGAAAAUGAAAGUAAAAAAGGAAUAAAAAAUAGAAAGAAAAAUAUAAAAAAACAGGAAAAUUUCAUUCUAGCAUAUGAAGAAGAAAUUGGAAAAUAUGACAAAAUAAUGGAUGAGUUAAUAUUAAGAAGUAUAAAUAACAAAAAUUAUGAUUAUUUUAAUAUACUGGAAGAAUAUUCACUAAAAACAAAAAUAAAUAGUGAUAUUUAUAAUUCGUUAAAAGAUAUAAUAACACUUGUUAACAGUAGUAAUAUACUUAUACACUCUUAUAUUGAAAAAAAAAAAUUAUUUAAAUAUGAUAUUAAAGAAAAUAUUUUUAAAAGACAUUUUAUUUUAUCUUUAUUUCGGUGGUAUAACAGUUUCAGAUUAGUUGAAACAUGCUUUGACAAGACCAAUUAUAUAUUUUAUAUUGAUGAUCAUAAAAUAUAUUCUUACAAAUACACAUAUAAACUAGUUUUAAAUUUAUUGAAUUCAGAAAAUUUUUUAUUUUAUGUUAACUUAAAUAAAAUUUCUUUUAUGAAAAUACUGGAUAAUUAUAAUAAGCAUCAUUUUAAAAUUAAUAAUACUAUAAGAAAUUAUCCUCCUCAUAUGUACGUUUGUGAGAGUUUUAAUGAUUUUAUUUAUUCUUAUUUUUUUCAUUAUAAUCAUCAAUUUUUUGAAAAACAUAAACAUUUAAUAGAUAAAGAUGUUUGGUAUAAUAAAGUUACUAUUAGUAAUAAUUUAUUCAAAAAACUAAAAAGAUUAAAUAAUAAUUUGAUUUUAUAUAAAUUUAAGAACAAUUCAAAUAUAAAAAAUUAUUUAGAUUUAGAAAUGACAUUGGUUUUCUCAACAUUUAAAGAAUUUUUAAUUGAUAUAUUGAAUAAUUUAUACAAUGAAUAUUACUUUGAUAAUUUAAGAUAUAUAAAGAAAAGAAGUAGAUUUAAGGAUGAGGAAAACGAUGAAAUAAAUAAUAUUCAAAAUGAAAUGAUUAUAAAUGAUAGUGUAAAUAGAGAUUUUAUUAAUGAUGAUAUUCCAAAUUAUUAUGAAGAGAAUAAAGAAAAAAAUGCAAAUAUAAAUAUGAAUAAUUCUGAAUUAAAUAAAAGAUAUAACAACAUGCGCGAUUAUAAUAAUAUAGGAGAUUAUUACAAUGAUAAAAUUAACAGCAAUACUAAAAAUAAAGAGAAUAAAUACUUUGAUGGCCAUAAUGGUAAUAUAAAUGGCAAAAAAGUAAAUAAUGAAAUUAAUAUUGAUAAAAUGAAAAAUGAUGUAAAUAAAUUAUACGAUCGUAGUUAUGAAGAAAAUUUGAAAUAUAAUGAUAUGGAGAGUUUAAAAAAAAAGGAAGAAAAUAGUACAGUGUUAGAAAAUUUAGAAAAUGAGAAACUAGAUGAAGCAGAAGUUUUAGAAAUAAAAGAUGGUGAUAAUGAAUUAUGGAAUAAUCUAAUAGAAUCUUACAGUAAAUUAGCAAAUAGUGAAGAUUUUAGAAAGUAUAAUAAUUACAUAUUAAAAAAUAUUAAUAAAAUUUUUAAUUUAUCUUCAGAAAAGAAAGAUGAAUUAAAUAAUUAUAAAAAUAGAUAUGAAUUGAAAGAUGGUUAUAUAAUUAAUAAUAUUACUGAUAAAUACAUACCCUUAUUGUUCAAUCCAAUCAAAGAUAUUUUUAAUUAUUUAAAUCAAGUUCAUAUUAAAAAAAAAAUAAAUUUUAAAGAUAUUUAUGAAUAUCUAAUGACUAUUAAUAAUUUUAAUGAAGUGAAUAAUUUUUAUGAUGGUCAUAUACAAUGUAGAAGUAGUAUAUUUUUUAAGGAAGAUUUUUUUUUAAGCAAUUAUGCAAGUAAGGAAGAAGAGAUAAAAAACAAUAUAAUAAAUAUAAUUGAUAUAAAUGAAAUGUUUAAGAAAAAAUUUGAUUUUGGAGUUAAAGAAAAUAAAUUCAAUAAUUCAUUAGUUAAUAAUCAAAGUGAUGAUGAUAAGAACGAAGGAAUAAGUAAAAUCAUGGAAAAUGAAAAUGUUAGAAAUAGGAGCGAUAUUAAUAAUAUAAGUAAAAAAAAUGAAAUGAAUUACUAUGAUUAUUAUAAUAAUAUAAAUCUAAGUGCAUAUACCCCUGCACCUAUGCUAAUGAAAGAUAAAAUUCAUGAUCAGUUAAAAUUAUUAAGAAAAAAAUUUAUUGAUAAAUUAAAAAAUGAAACUAAUUGUGUAUUAGCAUUUCUUUAUUUAAUUGGUGUAAAUGAUCAUAAUGGAAAGCUACAAUUUCCUUUUGGAUUUCCUAGAAAUAUUGAUAAGUCCAUUAAUUUAAUAAGAAAAGGAAAAGAUGGAUUAUGCAAUUUUUUGAGUGGUAUAUUGUAUCAUAUAAAUUUACCAAUUUUUGUAAAUAAUUCGUCUAUAUCUAUUACUACAGAAAUUAACGAUGAUGUAAUUGGCAUUAAUGAAAAUUCGGUUAAUAGUUUUUUUUAUAUUUAUCAUAAAAAUAAACCAGUAUUACGUAAUCAUGAUUUCUUAUCUGAUGAAAAUAGAAUAAUACCUAACAAAGUUGAUCACAUAAAAUCAAAAAUUGUAUCAUAUUCAUUAGGAUCUACUAAAGACGAUUUUUAUAGUAAAUUGGCGUUUACAAAUAAUAUUAUUAGAUUAAAAUAUAAAAAUAAGAUGAAUAAUGUGUAUUUAAAGGAUUAUUUUGAUUUUACAUAUGAUAAAAAAAAUUAUAAAAAUUCAUAUAUCAAAAAUAAUAUAUCUCCUUUUUUAACAUCUUGCGAUUAUUUGUUAAGUAACAUUUUAGGAGUAGUUGUUGAUUCUCUAAAGACAGCAUCUACUAUUGAAAGUGGGAUAUAUGAAGAAAGUAUAAAUGAAAAUCAUAAGCAUUUAAUACAAAACAGUUUAGAUAAUAAUAAUAAGAAUUUAUAUGAGUAUUUUUUAAAAUUAGCAGAUAGUAGAAAUUCAUAUGCUUUGGCAGCCUUAGGAGAAAUUUAUUUUUUAGGAAAUGAAAAUAUAGGCAUAGAAAGGGAUGAGCAAAAAGCUUUUGAAUUUUGGAAAAAAGCGGCUGAUCAAGGAGAUAGUAUAUCUGCUUUAUCAACAGGAUAUACGUAUUUAGAUGAAUACAAAAAGUUUACAAGAAAAGAAGAAAUUAUUAAGAAAAUGAAUAAAGAAGAAAUAAUUAAUUUGAUACAAUCAGAGAAUUCGAAUAAUGGGAAAAAUAAUACCGUAUUUGAUAUAUAUCAAGAAUACAACAAGAAAAAAAAAAAAAAAAACACUAAUAAAAAUGAGAAAAAAAAUAGCUAUAGUAGUAAUACUAAUGAUAAUGAUAGUAGUAAAAAUGACAAUACUAAUAAUAAUAAUGACAGUAGUAAAAAUGACAAGAGUAAUAAUAAUAAUAAUAAUAAUAUUAAUAAUAAUAAUAAUAAUAAUAAUAAUAAUAAUAAUAAUAAUAAUAAUAAUAAUAAUGAUAAUAAUAAUAAUAAUAAUAAUAAUAAUAAUAAUAAUAAUGACAAUGGAAAUAAUAAUAAGAAUAAAAAGGAGGAAAAUUUUAAUGAUUAUCAUUCUUUUUUCUCAACUGUUAAUAAGGAGUCACUUUCUAAAACUGUUGUUUCAAAUGAAACUAAUAAUUCACCAGAUAAUAUAUCAAAUAAUUCUGUUUCGCCAGAUAGAUCCUAUAUUCAAAAUAAUUCAGGUAAUUAUAAUUUUUUUAUGAAUGGAACACCUAAUUUUUUUGAUUUUUCUAAUGAUACUUAUCAAAAUAAUUCAAAUAAUAUAAAUAUAAAUGAUAUAAAUAAUAGCAAUAUGAAUGUUAAUAACGUAACUGAGGAUAACAUUAAUAUAAAUAAAAUUGAUGUAGAUAUUAAAAGAAUUAAUGUGGUCAAUGAAAAUACUGAAAAUUCUUGGAGAACUAAUGAUGGAGAAAACUUGAAAGGAGAAAAAGAAAAAGAUAAGGAUGAUGAAAUGAUAAACAAUUACCUAUUUAAUUUAAAUAAAAAAGCUAGCAAAGCCUUUAAGAAUGCAGAACAUUAUUUUCAUAAAGCUAUAAGAAGUAAUGAUGAAAGUCUGGAAAAUAUUUUGGCCAAAUAUAAUAUAUAUAAAUUUGGUUUAGGUAGAAAACAAAAUUUAGAGAUGGCAGGAUAUUACUUAAAAAAAGCUGCAGAAAAAGGAGAUAAUAUUUCUCAAAUGUUAUUAGGUCAUUAUUAUUCAGGUACAGACAUUGGGAUUAAAUUAAGUGAUUAUAAUGAAGAUAAAAUAGAAAAUUUAAAAAAAUCAUACAAAUAUUAUGCAUUAUCAGCAAAAAACGGAAAUUUAAUUUCUUUAUAUAACAAAGGAAUAUUAAUAUUAAAAGGUAUAAAUCCCAAAUUUAAGUCGUUUAAUGAAAAAUGCGAAAGAACAUUGAAAUAUUUUCAUUUUAUUGGAUUAUUCAAUGAGCGUUUAUAUGUUUUAACAAAGUUGUUAAGAAGAAAUUAUGAAUUCAAAGAUUAUACUGGAUCUUUAUUAUUAUCUAUCAUGUUAUCAGAGUUAGGAGACCACCCAAGUAAUGUCAAUGCUUCGUUGUUGUGGGAUAAAAAAAAAAAAACUAUGCAAAAAUUUACAGAAAAAUAUAACAUUAUUGAAGAUAUAUUAAAGAAUUUCAAAACUUCUUUAAGUAAUGAAAAUAAAAAUAUAAAUAGUGAUGAUAAUAAAAAUGUUCAUAAUGAUUUUAUAUUAAAUUCCAAUAAUAUUGAUAAAAUUAUAAAAAGAAUAUAUAAUAAAGAAAAAAGUGUUAAAUAUGCAUAUAGAAAAAAGGCAAAACAAAAUUCAGGAUUACUGCUAAAAAAUUGUAUGAUGAUUAAUGCUUUUGAUAAAAAAAAUUAUUUUCUUCAAAUGAAAUUUUGUUAUUAUUUGAAAAUGGAAUUAUUACAAUAUAGUAAGGGAACUGAUAAUUAUAAAAAAAGUGUGAGUAAUAAUAAUAAUAAACAUACGAAAAGUAAAACAAUAUAUAAUAAAAAGGAAGAAAAAAAAGAAAUCAGUUAUUACGAUACAUAUAACUUAACUAAAUCUUUUAGUCAAAUAGAUUUAUUUGAAAAAUAUGAUAAAAUUAUAAUAAAUGAAAUGAAAAAAGAAAAAAACAUUGAAGAGAAAAUUAAAAAAAUAAAAAAAAUGAAGAAUAUAAUACUAGAAUAUUUCAGAAUUACCGAAUUUUUGCAUUGCUAUCAUAAGCCAAUAUCAUACUAUCAAAUUAAAUUAGAAGAAGAAAAGCAAAUGAAACAACGUAACAAUAAUAAUUAUGUUGGAGAAAAUAAUAUAGAAGGAAAGGAUUUACAUGAAUCUGAAUUCUCGAGAUAUUCAACUUUACUAGAAAAUCAUGAUAUUCAAGAAAUAUUUUACUAUAAAAAGAAAUAUACGUCGAAUAUAUUUGAGGAAAUUCAAAGUUUCUCAAAAAAUUGUGAUGUAUGUAAACAGUAUUACGAUAUAUAUUCUUCCUAUUAUGGAUAUAAAAAAUCAACCGUUAAUUUGAUAAAAAAAUAUCAUGAAGGUGAUGAAUACACUAUAAGAAGUAAACGAAAAGAAUUGCAAUAUUUGUUAAGAGAUUCCGAUGCGCAAAAUCAUGAAUCUCUAUAUUAUAAAGCUCUUUUCUUAGAGCACAAUAAUUUAGACAAUUUGCAAAGUAUUUUAGAAAUUUAUUCUAAACUAGCUACUGAUAAUCAUAAUGCUUGUAAUGUUAUUGGGGUUUUAGGUAUUUUAAAGAUUUUCUUUAAAAAAAUAUUCUUUGACAUAAACAUUUUUAAUAGAAAAAAGAAAUAUCAAUUUCCGCUAAAUACACUAUUAGAUUCUAACAAGUGUCCUUUACAAAAAUAUUUUAUAUUUAAAACUAGUUUUGAUCAAAAAUGUUUUAAUUUUGAUUAUUUGUUAAAAGAUAAUUAUAUUUAUUCUCAAAUUAGAUAUCUUGAUUUUUUUAAGGUUUUUUAUAAUUUAAUUUCUUCUUUUUUUAAAAUAAAAUAA